AUGCGAGACUGCCAAAGCUUCAAUGAUGCACUGUUAGCCAAGAUAGGAUGGAGACUGUUGAAUAAUCCUAACUGCCUGCUGGGAAAACUUCUGAAGGGCAAGUACUUUGCUGACUGCUCCAUCUUACAAGCCACAGAAGCAUCGGUUAUGUCUCACGGCUGGCGUAGCGUUUUGAUAGGGCGUGAUCUUCUGCUAAAAAACAUGGGAUGGACUGUGGGGGAUGGAGUGUCCAUUAAUAUUUGGCAGGAUCCCUGGCUUUGUUUAAACAAGCAGGAAAGACCUAUGGGCCCGCCUUCAGAACAGAGUGUUGACCUCUGUGUUGCAGACUUGUUAGUCGAUGGUGGCGCUCAAGAUAAGUUAAUCUGGUCAGGCACAAAGGGAGGAGAGUACUCUGUUAAGUCUGGUUACUAUGUAGCCGUAGAAGAAGAGCCGGAUACUAGGAGAAAUGAUGCAGGUUUUAACUGGAAGAGGAAUGUCUGGGCUCUGGACUGCGCCCCGAAGGUGAAGCUCUUUGCCUGGAAACUACUUAAAGGUGUUAUUCCCGUAGGCGAGCGGCUGCUCGAAAGACACAUAGAAGUUGAUCUGAGAUGCAAAAGGUGUGGAAACAACGAAUCUAUCACUCACCUCCUCUUCCAAUGCCAGUUUGCUCAAAAGGUUUGGCAGCUAGCCCCUUUACUUCCUGGUAUGGACUCGAGUGGAAUGUUAGUUUUGAUGGUGGUCUGGCCUUCAAUAUGUAACCAAAAAAGUCUCCUACCUGCGGGGAUUGUUAAUGGAUCGGUGGUACCAUGGGUCAUGUGGUCGUUAUGGAAAGCUCGCAACCGGUUAGUGUUUGAAGGAUUUUCCGCCUCGCCUGAGGAUACGCUAUCUACAGCUAUCAGAAUGGCUCGUGAAUGGAGCUUACAGAGCAAACCAGAGAAACCGGACACUUCAAGGAGCAGGAAACCGGAGAUGAUAGCCCCAACUGGUACGAGGAUAGUGCGCUCUGAUGCUGCGUGGAGUGCGUCUAGUUUGACUGCCGGAGCUGGCUGGGUCAUCCUUUCUUCCCCACAGAACAUGACUUUUCAACAACACCUGGAGUUUGUAGCAUCGCCUCUAAUGGCAGAAGGUCUGGCCCUCCGUGAAGCGGUCCUAACCUGCCAGCGACUGAAGCUGCAACAUAUCAGAUUUGAGUCGGAUUCUGCUCAACUAAUCAAGUGCCUUUCUUCAAAUGAAACGAUUGCAGAGUUGCAUAGUGUAGUCUUUGAUAUCCUGAAGCUAUCUGAGUUUUUUGAUUCAGUGUCUUUUGUUUGGUUACCUCGUGAGAGGAAUGUAGAAGCCGAUGCCUUGGCUAAAGGAGAUUUAGCUAUGUUUGAACCCUUAGUGGUUGGUGAGAUUGUUAAUGCUCUCAACUAA